AUGAAACCACUCUCUGCCAAGCCCCGCCGGGCCGGAUUUACAAGAUCGAGAACGGGCUGUCGCACUUGCCGAACCCGACGCAUCAAGUGUGACGAAACCCCCGGCAGCUGCCGCAACUGCACCUCCACUGGCCGCCGAUGCGAUGGGUAUGAUUCCUACCAACAACUAUUCCUCUCGACCAAUGGCGAAAAGCUCAAUUACCGCCGGGACCCCCUGCCAGUUGUGGCCGGCCCGGUCACGGUGGCGGUGCCGUGGGCCAGCACCUCCGACGAGCGCCGCUGCUUCAGCUUCGUCCAAGCCCGGACCCUCCCAGACGCGCUCAGCUUCUUUGACUCGGCCGUCUGGCAGCAGUUCCUGCUGCAGAUGGUGCCUCGGGAGCCUGCUGUCUGGCAUGCCGUGGUGGCCUUGGGCGCAGUGCACCAACAGGUCGAAGCCGGGGGUGUGAUCGGGCGUGCUUCGCAGUUCUGGUACUGGGUAGCCGUCGCGCAGUCGGCGCGAGCCUUCGCCUGUCUGCGGCAGCGCAACCCGCACGACCCGCAGGUCCGCGACGUGACCCUGCUCUGCUGUCUGCUGUUCACCGUGGUGUCCAUCAUCUGGCAGGAUUACUGUGCGGCGCUGCAACAUUUGCGGGCCGGACUGCGGAUCCUCCGCGAAAGCGAGCCGUCGUCGCGGAGUCCCACAUCCAGACGAUGGGUCGCUGUGUUUCGACACCUGGACACGCAGAUUGGGAUGGAUGGGCCGGGCUUGUGGCGCUGGGGAGAGGAAGACGAGGCCGGGACGUUGAUCCAGCCUGCUCCUGAUCCAUGGUGGCCGCAGCCCCAGCAGCAGCAGCAGGACGACAAAUGGCUUGAACCCCACAACGACCCCCUCUACAGCGCGCGCCAAGCCUUAGAACCCCUCCAUAACCGCCUCUUCAAAUUCGUGCGGGGGUGCUGGCGCAUGUCCCCGGCCGAGCUCCAGGCCGCCCGCACCACACUGUCGGCGGAGCAACUCGCCAUGGCCGCGCAGCUACGGCCCGCGAUGCAGCUGCUCCAGACCCUCCACCAACGCGAUGAUCUCAGCCCGAAAUCCCGGCACGGAGUCGAGCUCCUCGAGCUCUUGGUGAUCACGAUCUCGCUCGUGGUCCAGACCGGGCCUGUUCACCACGACCCCGAACAGCUGCGGCGGUUCACCCCCCAGUACCGCGCGGUGCUGCGCCGGAUCCAGCAAUUUAUUGCCGACUUUCCCGGCCGGCCCACGGUAACCGUCGAUCUGGGGGUCGUCCCGCUACUCUUCAUCGUGGCCGACGGCUGCCAGGAUUUCCGGCUGCGGUGGGAGGCUAUGCAGGCGCUGCGCGACUGGCCGCAUCAGGAGGGGCCGUUUCACUCGGUCGCGGUAGCGGCGUUGCUGGAGGACCGGAUGAUACGGGAGCUGAGGGCCUCCCUGCGGCGCCGCACCGCGGAGAGACGGCUUUCUCAACUGGGGGGUAGUUUGCUCCGCCCAGAUGCUGAGUGCGGCGAUGGGCACGACGAGGAAGCCCGGCUGGAAGAGCAGCUGCGGGAGGAACUGGCGGCUAUCACGGCGCCGAAGGAGGGGGCGGGCUCCCGCUCUCCGGACAAGGCCCGCGAACAGGAGGCGCAUGUGGCGUGGUUCUGGCGGCAGGUCCGGCGUUCCAACGACCACUGGGGGCUGGCGGGAAAGGUGAAAAACCUUGCAUAA